CUGCUCAGGCUGCACAGUUUGGGACAAUCAGCUCAACUUCACCAAAAUGAAAUUCGUGUCGCUCUUGCUCGCUGUGGCGAUGGCUGUGUCUGCCCUGCUGGGGGCAGCACGAGCCAUGCCCGAGCCAGAAGCCCUGGCCGACGCCGACCCUUGGGCCUACAGAGGAGGCUAUGGAGGAGGCUAUGGAGGAGGCUAUGGAGGAGGCUAUGGAGGAGGACGCUACUACGGAAGAGGAGGCUACGGCGGAGGCUUUUAUGGACGCGGCUGGUGAGGCUCCCGAAGGAAGACUCCGCCCACCGCGCCCUCCGACCGAAGCUCCCGCUCUCGUCUCGCCUGAAGGACAACGAACCCAUUUCCGACUUCGCUUCAUGACAAUAAACCAGUGAUUAAUUUGA